AGUCUAGUUCCUGGUGUGGGUCCUAGUUGAACUGGGUUCUUUCCUACAACUUUAUUUGGGGAAAGACUAGGACUUUCUUUAAAAACAAAACAAAACUGAAAACCACUGUUGUCCAUGAAAGAUGUAGAGAUCCUAGAGACUGGGAACUGAUCAGUAAGUUCUUCAGAUCAACCUAUUUUCCAAGGGUACAUCAAAAGGGGGAUCAUGGACAUCGAAGCAUAUUUUGAAAGAAUUGGUUAUAAGAACUCUAGGAACAAAUUGGACCUGGAAACAUUAACUGACAUUCUUCAGCACCAGAUCCAGGCCAUUCCCUUUGAGAACCUUAACAUCCAUUGUGGGGAACCCAUGGAAUUGGGCUUGGAGGCUGUUUUUGAUCAACUUGUGAGGAAGAACCGGGGUGGGUGGUGUCUCCAGGUCAAUCACCUUCUGUACUGGGCUCUGACCACAAUGGGCUUUGAGACCACAAUGCUGGGAGGCUAUGUUUACAGCACUCCAGCUGACAAAUAUAGCAGUGCCAUGAUUCACCUUCUGCUGAAGGUGACGGUGGGUGGCAGGAACUAUAUAGUUGAUGCUGGGUUUGGACGCUCUUACCAGAUGAGGCAGCCUCUGGAGUUAAUUUCUGGGAAGGAUCAGCCUCAGGUGCCGUGCAUCUUCCGCUUGACAGAAGAGGGAGGAACCUGGUACCUGGACCAAAUCAGAAGAGAGCAGUACGUUCCAAACCAAGAAUUCCUUAAUUCUGAUCUCCUGGAAAAGAAAAAGUACAGGAAGAUCUACUCCUUUACGCUUGAACCUCGAACAAUUGAGGAUUUUGAGUCCGUUAAUGAAUACCUUCAGACAUCUGCAGCGUCUGUGUUUACAAGCAAGUCAUUCUGUUCCUUGCAAACCCCAAAUGGGGUUCACUGUUUAGUGGGCUUCACCCUUACCUUUAGAAAAUUCAAUUAUAAGGACAAUAUGGAUCUGGUGGAGUUUAAGACACUGAAUGAAGAAGAAAUAGAAGAAGAGCUGAAAAAUAUAUUUAAUAUUUCCUUGGAGAGAAAGCUUGCGCCCAAACACGGUGAUAAAUAUUUUACCAUUUAGAGUAAGGAGUAGAAAUGGUCUUCAGUAUUAUUUCAGGUACUGAAACUUCUUACCAUAAAAAAAUUCAAAUAAAUAUAAAAGUAGAGAGAAUAAAAUAACAAACCCCUAUUUAUCACCAAUUUUACCAGCUAUCAACUGGCAGCCUCUCUCUCAAAUUUCCUUAGUGACCCCACAUGAUAUUAAAGAAAAUCUUAGACAUCAAAUCAUUUUCAACCUUAAAAAUGUUAGCACAUGUAGCUAGAAAACAUUUAAAAGAAACAGAACCACAUGUCUUUUCAAAAUUAACAAUAAUAAAGGUAUUUAAAAGGUUUUCGUGGGAGAGAAUAGUGAUUUCUGCUAGAAAAGCGUCCAUGCUGGUUGAAUGUUGAAUUCAUAAAAAAUGUUUACCCAUGGUUCAGUAAAUGGAAAAUUGAUGAAAUAGUUUUUAUUAAAUUCAACAUGGAUAUGUGCCAAUCUUUAAAAUUCCACAUAUGUAAUUUAGGAUUAGAAUUCAACAGAGAAGAAUGAGGCACGAUAUUGCUUCCUAAUAGUUCUCAAGACAAGGCUUAAACCAACACAUAGUAAUGUGUGAUUAAGCACUCAGAGAGAGACACAGCUAAUAAUUUCUUACAUGGUGCUUUUGCAACCACAGUUCUUUAUGUAGCAUUUCCUUAAUAUAGAUACACUGAUAUUUAGAAAUUUUCAAAUCCCUGAAUUAAGUUAUUUUGUCUAAAAGUAAAAAUGAUUGUGAAUUUUAAAAUACUUAUCUGUAAAAACUUGAUGUCUACAAGUACGUUAAACAUUGUUGGCUAAUAUGAUAUCAGUCAUGAAGUGUGUGUUUGGCAGAGUUAGGAGACAAUGGGCUAGGACUUCCUUGCACCCACUUUCUUAUCUCCCAGUUAUUUUCUUUUACUUCCUCCCAUACUUUGUCGUAAGAGUGUAUAGACCUGAGUGCAGAUCCUGUGGACACUGGGUGAAUUACUUCAUGAAUCUGUGGCUCUGAUCCCUUGGAGGUAAAAUGGGGAUAAUAAUCCUACAUAAAAGGCGAAUAUGCAAAUAGACCAAAUGGUGGAACAACCAGUUGCUAUGAUGUGCACUGACCACCAGGGGGCAGAUGCUCAACACAGGUGCUGUCCUCUGGUGGUCAGUGCACUCCCACAGGGGGAGCGCUGCUCAGCCAGAAGCCUGGCUGACCGCUGGUGAGCGUAGCAGUGGUGGCAGGAGCCUCUCUGGCCUCCCCAGCAGCGCUAAGGAUGUCCAACUGCCCUUUAGGCCCACUUCCCCGCAGGGAGUGGGCCUAAGCCAUCAGUGGGACAUCCCCCGAGGGCUCCUGGAUUGCUAAAGGGCGCAGGCCAGGCUGAGGGCCCCCCACCCCCACCCCAAGUGCAGGAAUGUCCUGCACCGGGCCUCUAGUACUUACAUAAUUAAGUGCUAGACAAGAGUCAGCGCUCAAUAAAUAUUUGUUAUGUGGAUGAAUGAAGAAUGUCAGUAAUGUUUUUGAUACUGAGUCAGCAUUUGAUGAAAGUUCUUCCAUCU